AUGGGUGCCCUACUGUCGCUGCCACUGCUGGCGAUCCCCAGCGUGGGAACGCUGGUGUCGUUCGGAGCCAGCUGCUGUGGUGCAGCGACUUGCUCAAUGGUCUGUAGCGCAUGUGGAAAAUGCGGCAACAGUGUCGCAACCCGUAUCGCAUACGCUCUCAUGCUCCUCGUCAACUCGAUCCUGGCGUGGAUCAUGCUCACGCCCUGGGCGAUCGAAAAGCUCCAGCAUCUGAUGCUCGACUACGUCAAGAUUAACUGUCCGACUGGUCAAUGCUAUGGCUGGCUUGCUGUCCACCGCAUCAACUUCUCCCUCGGUCUCUUCCAUCUCCUCUUCGCUGGCCUCCUCUUUGGAAUCAAGACCUCGAGAAGUCCUCGCGCUGCCAUCCAGAAUGGCUACUGGGGUCCCAAGAUCAUUCUGUGGCUGGCGUUCAUUGUGCUCUCGUUCCUCAUCCCGGACGAGUUCUUCAUGUUCUGGGGCAACUACAUCUCCAUGAUUGGUGCUACUCUGUUCCUCCUGCUCGGCUUGAUCUUGCUGGUUGAUCUGGCGCACACAUGGGCAGAGUACUGCUUGGCCCAGAUCGAGGAUACCGACUCGAGGUUCUGGCGAUUCGUCCUGAUCGGUUCGACACUGAGCAUGUACAUUGGCUCCAUCGCCAUGACGGUCGUGCAGUACAUCUUCUUCGCCGACUCGGGCUGCUCGAUGAACCAGGCUGCCAUCACCGUCAACCUUAUCCUGUGGAUCGCCAUCUCAAUCAUCUCAGUCAACCCCACCGUCCAGGAACAUAACCCCAAAGCUGGUCUUGCGCAAGCGGCCAUGGUCGCUGUGUACUGCACCUACCUCACAAUGUCCGCUGUGUCCAUGGAGCCGGAUGACAAGCAAUGCAACCCCCUGAUCCGAGCUCGAGGCACGCGGACGACCUCUGUUGUUAUCGGUGCCAUCGUUACCAUGUUGACGGUGGCGUACACCACUACCCGUGCAGCCACCCAGAGCCUCGGUAUGGGCAACUCGACCGGUGGAGUGCGUCUUCCAGACGAUGACGAGCACGAUCUAGUCACCCAGCAGCCUGGCAGCCGCCGCGAGAUGCGAGCCGAGGCCCUCCGACGCGCCGUAGAGGAAGGCAGCCUCCCAGCCGAUGCUCUGCUCGAGGAUGACGAUGAGGACAGCGAGACGGGCGCCAACACGGCCCACGACGACGAGCGCACGAGCACGCAGUACAACUACAGCAUGUUCCACAUCAUCUUCUUCCUGGCGACGUGCUGGGUUUCGACACUCUUGGUCCUGCAGCACGAGGAUUCCACCAAGGACGGCAACUUUGCUACCGUCGGACGCACGUACGCCGCCAGUUGGGUCAAGAUCAUCAGCGCCUGGGCUUGUCACGCCAUGUACAUCUGGACGCUUGUCGCACCCAUUGUACUGCCUGAGCGAUUUGACUUUGACUAA